AUGUUUUCUCACAAGACUUUCAGGAUCAAGAGGCUCCUGGCCAAGAAACAAGAGCAGAAUCAGCCCAUUCCCCAGUGGAUUCAGAGGAAAACUGGUAAUAAAAUCAGGUACCACUCCAAGAGGAGACACUGGAAAAGAACAAAACUGAAAGUGCCCCGGGAAGUCUGGGCGGACUGCGGCUUCUGUAAGGAACUCUCGGGCAGGAGGAACUGCUUUCAAAGACUUGGCAAGCACGACCUUCACCUUGCUGUGGAUUUCCUGUGA